AUGGUUAUCGAAUUAAAACCACGUCGUGGAGGAGGAGGUCACUCUGGAGGAGGCCACUUUGGAGGAGGAGGAACAAGAGGUGGAAGAUCCAGUGGAGGCAAUUCAGGGUCCGGGUCCAAACCAAAAAGCCCAAAGAAUCCAAAAGGAAUUCGCCCUGUUGGAAAUGGUAGAGGCCAUCAUACUACCACUACAACCACUACAGAUAGCAGUGCCACCAGUAGUAGCAGCAGCACCACCAAGACAAAGAAACACAAGAAGACAAAAUCAAAGAAAUCAAAGAAAAAGACAAAGGCCAAGAAGAACAAGAGGUUUCAAACUGAUCCAUCCAGAGUUGCAACUACCGAGUAUAAUGUCUACAAUGACCAAGUUACUAGUUAUAGCCCACUUCCAACUACGUUGAUACUGAGAACCUUUGAGCAAAAGGUAGUGUCAAUGGAUACACCUACAAUGACAUCAAUUUUGGAGGAUCUAAUUCCACAUGAAACGGGAUUUGGGCCAGAAUUAAUCUCCUCUUGUGAAAUUGCUUUUUCUGGAAUACCUCCAAAUAUGCUCUGCUAUGUUGCUGGUGGUGCGGUGGCACUCAUUGUUGUUUUCAUUGGCGUUUGUCGUUUGUUUACAAAAUCAGAUGAUGUGAACGGGGAUUCGUUGGAGAAGGACUCAUAUUACAUACAUUUACCAGGUCCAGAUGAUUCUGUGGUUGCCAAGGGUGGUGAGUGUUCCGAUCAAACUGAGAUAGAAAAGGAAGCAUUACUUGAGAAGAAAUGA